AUGUUGAAACUAAAUCUUGACCCUCUAUGGCUCCUCUAUGCCUUCUCGAGCAUUGUGCUGGUGCCCACAGUGCCGGGCUACAGUUUCAGGAACUGCAUCCAGGAUUCCAGUCAAAACGGUACCUUCCGCUGUGUCCACCGUUUCCUCACACAGGUCUCCAGCGCCGUGUCUGACCUCCCAGCCAGCACUGUGCACCUGAACAUCUCCCACAACCAGCUGACCCAACUGCCAACGGGCAGCUUUGGCGGCCUACCCAACCUGCUCACCCUGCGCCUGGAUUACAAUCGGAUUGACAGAGUAUGCUGUGGCGUGUUCAAUAACCUCACCGACCUGCUGACCCUCAACCUGUCCUACAACAGCAUUGCCCACCUGGCACCUCUGGACUUCCGGGGACUUGGAAAGUUAUGUUGCCUCCUGCUCCACCACAACCGCUUGGCCACAGUUGAACCAAAUGCCUUCGCUGAAUUGGCAAGUCUUCAAAUACUUGUUUUAAGCUCCAAUAAACUCCAGAAUUUCUCUCACGUGGUGAGCGCUGUCUCUGCAUUCAGAAACUUGACUCUCCUGGAUCUGAGCCAUAACUGUCUGGGUUCCCUGCAACAUUCUACCAAUCUCCCACUCUCUCUUCAAUUCCUUUACCUCCGCAACACCUCUCUCACAACCCUUGACUGCAAACAGAAUUUUCUCAACCACAACUUCACAUUGGAUCUGUCUGAUAACAAGCUCUCCGAUGCUUUGGAAUUUUCUAAAGUUGAUCUGAGAAAGAUCUCCUGCUUGAUCAUCAAGGACAACCCCUUAAACAUCACUGAGUUUCUCGACUCUGGAAACGUGGACCUGCGGAAGGUUCAGUACUCUGGUUUAAGGCUGCACAGCCAGACGCGGCUCUCUGACUUGUGCCGUCAUCUAGGUAACUUGACCAUGAGAAGCCUGGUCCUGCAGAGCAAUCAGAUCUCCAACCUCACCAUCCAUUCCUUCACCCAGUGCCCGCCCAUUACCAGUUGGGACUUAUCACACAAUCGCCUCACUUCUGUCGGCUGCCUUGAAUUUGUGUCCAAAAGGGAGCAAGUCAUUUCUUUCAUUAUCGAGCACAACCAAAUCCAAAACCUACCUUCCUGUUUCAGGGAUGGGAGGACAGUCACGCUGUUUCCAAAACUGUCACACCUCUCCUUUCGCUACAACAGGAUUUUCACCAUUUCAAGCCAUGCCUUCUCUUAUGCUCCCCAUCUCCGGAGCCUGAUGUUAAACAUUAACAACAUCGCUGUCAUCAACAGUGGAGCCUUUUCUAACCUCACCAGCCUACUGCAACUCAGGCUUGACAACAACCUCAUCACUGACAUCUACCAACACAACUUCAGCAGGCUCAGAAGCCUUAGGAUCCUCAAUCUCAGGAACAACAGGAUCUCAAUUCUUUUCAAGAGGGUGUUUGAAAAUCUCAACAACCUGGAGACUUUGGACCUGGGAGGGAACAAAAUCCGAAGCCUCACCAGCCUGUCUUUCAGUGGAUUGCGCAAUCUGUCCAAGCUGUAUCUCGACAGAAACUAUAUAAGCCAUAUCAGCAGGGAAAUUUUCAGCAAUCUCCUGUCAUUGGGGGUAUUGGACCUGGACAGUAAUUGGAUCAGAUACAAUACUGGUCUGACUGCAACAUCUCCAUUUUUUAACCUGUCAAAGCUCUACAUUCUCAAGCUAGAAGCCCAGCAACCUUAUGGCAUUAACAUUAUUCCUCCAAAGUUUUUCAAAGGCCUCAUCUCUUUAAGGAAUCUGUACAUAGGAAGGAAUAAAAUGUCACUGUCCAAAGGUGGAUUUGAAGAUCUGAUCAACUUGAGAACCCUCUCCAUGCCCGACACUUGCAAUGGGAUCCAUAGUCUGAACCCAAGAAUCUUUGAGAGCCUCCAGAGCCUAGAGAGGCUAAACCUGGAAAAUGUGGGUCUCCAAUUCAUGUCUGUUGACAUCCUUGGAAACCUUUCCAACCUCAGGACACUGUUCUUGGGAAAAAACGCCAUUCAGACUGUCAACAGCACGGUUCUGAAACACCUGCCCUCCCUGUCCUAUCUGGAUUUACGAAAGAACCCAUUCCCUUGUACCUGUAGUAACAGCUGGUUCCAAAACUGGUCACUGUCUAACCCCAGGGUCCAGGUUGUCUAUUUUUACAACCAUACCUGUGCAGGUCAGCCGACUGAAUACUUGUACAGGUUCGAUGCUCGCGUGUGCUACUUGGACAUUGGACAUCUCAUGUUCCAAAUAACUUUUCCAAUCUUGAUAACAUGCAUGUUCAUCCCUCUCAUCCACAAGGAAGGAUACUGGCACGUCAAGUAUGGGUUUUAUAUUUUUCGUUCGUGGUUGAAUGACCACAGGGGAAGAAAAGAGAGUCAGCAGUGCUACAAGUACGAUGCAUUUAUCUCCUAUAAUUCAAAUGAUGAGGGAUGGGUCCUGCAAGAGCUGGUGCCGAACCUGGAAAUGACAGGACCUCAAUGCUUCAAGCUCUGCCUCCACCACAGAGAUUUCGAACUGGGCAAAUAUGUCAUCGAUAACAUUGUGGACAGCAUCUACCAGAGCAGGAAGACUAUCUGCGUGAUGAGCCGCAACUACCUGGAGAGUGAAUGGUGCUCAAUGGAACUACAGCUAGUUAGUUACAGGUUGUUCCACGAAUUGAAAGACGUCAUCAUACUCAUCUUCUUGGAGAAGAUUCCAGACGCCGAACUGUCAACCUAUCACAAGAUGAGGAAGGUGAUGAGGAAGAAGACCUACAUCCACUGGCCAUCCAAUGUGGAAGCUCAAAAGCUCUUUUGGAUCAAAGUGAGAGAAGCGAUCAAAGGCUCCAGCUACAUCAAGGAGAUGGACACUGCUGUUGAAAGUUAAAGUUUCAGUUUCCAAAAAGCCCCACUUGGUUCCAGUGGCAGAGCUCCCCCUGAUCUCAGAACUCACUGCCAGGCAUUUUCACUCCCCCCACCCAACCCCCUACACAGUCUCUCCUAAUUGUUAAUCUUCUCUCCACUACUGUAGAGACCCAGGAUAAGAUAAAGGUACAGUCAGAAAAUUCACCAAAUGAAGUCUACAUCGCAUGAAAUAUCUGGCCCUACAUGACAUCUCAGUGUUGUAUUUCCGUCUAAUCUUGGAUCUAGGCCCAGUCUAAUGUGCUGGAUGUCCCCUUCCCACUGACACUGGGAGCACAAGAUUACCCACACAAUGGAGUGAACAGGAGAUCCCACAUUCACUCCAAACAGCCUUAGGAUUUGCUGGAGUGAGAAAUAGAUCUAAAAACAUAAAGGACCUGGAGAAAUCGGAG